UUGGCUCUGCAGGCUGCCAACAACGUACCAACAGAGGAAGUCAGUUGAGCCAUAAUGGAGAGGUUUUCUUCCCGUGACAGUCCGGUGAUUAGCAGAGAGAAGCUCCUCCUCAGCCUGCUACCGUAGAGACUAACCUGGACAACUGCGUAGCAAUAAAAGACAGAAACCAUCAAGAUGGAUACCUCAAAACUUCCUAGGAUCCAGGAUGAGGAGAGAGAAAGCCAAUUUGGAUAUGUCCAUGGAGUUUCCGGGCCAGUGGUGACAGCUACUGCGAUGGCAGGAGCAGCUAUGUAUGAGCUGGUGCGUGUCGGUCACAGUGAGUUAGUGGGAGAAAUCAUCCGUUUAGAGGGAGACAUGGCGACUAUCCAGGUCUAUGAGGAGACCUCUGGUGUGUCUGUCGGUGACCCUGUCCUCCGAACAGGAAAGCCUCUCUCUGUAGAACUAGGACCAGGUAUCAUGGGCUCCAUCUUUGAUGGUAUCCAGCGUCCUCUGAAAGACAUCAAUGAUCUCACUCAAAGUAUUUACAUCCCAAGAGGAGUAAACAUUGGUGCUCUUAACAGAGACAUCAAAUGGGAAUUUAACCCUGGCCAGAGCCUGCGGGUUGGCAGUCACAUGACAGGUGGAGAUAUCUACGGCAUGGUGUUUGAAAAUUCCUUAAUUAAGCACAAGCUGAUGCUUCCACCUCGUAACAGAGGCACUGUCACCUACCUGGCCCCUCCUGGAAGCUAUGACAUUUCUGAUGUGGUCCUCGAACUUGAAUUUGAAGGUGUUAAGGAGAAGUUCACCAUGAUGCAGGUUUGGCCAGUGCGACAAGUUCGUCCAGUAACAGAGAAACUACCUGCCAAUCAUCCACUGCUGACUGGUCAGAGGGUUCUAGACGCACUUUUCCCAUGCGUGCAAGGUGGCACCACUGCUAUACCAGGAGCCUUCGGAUGUGGAAAGACUGUGAUCUCCCAGUCGCUGUCCAAGUACUCCAACAGUGAUGUCAUCAUCUAUGUGGGUUGCGGAGAGCGUGGAAAUGAAAUGUCUGAAGUGCUGCGAGAUUUCCCAGAGCUUACUAUGGAGGUUGAUGGUAAAGUUGAAAGCAUCAUGAAGAGAACAGCACUGGUUGCUAACACAUCCAACAUGCCUGUGGCUGCUAGAGAGGCUUCUAUUUAUACAGGGAUCACACUGUCUGAGUACUUCAGAGACAUGGGAUACAACGUGAGCAUGAUGGCCGAUUCAACGUCUCGAUGGGCCGAAGCUCUGAGAGAAAUCUCUGGAAGACUGGCUGAAAUGCCUGCUGAUAGUGGAUAUCCUGCUUACCUGGGCGCCAGACUUGCCUCUUUUUAUGAGCGUGCCGGACGUGUGAAGUGCCUGGGAAAUCCAGAGAGAGAAGGCAGCGUCAGCAUCGUAGGAGCUGUGUCACCCCCUGGUGGAGACUUCUCAGAUCCUGUCACUUCAGCUACACUGGGAAUUGUUCAGGUGUUCUGGGGUCUGGACAAGAAGCUGGCUCAGAGAAAACACUUCCCUUCUGUAAAUUGGCUAAUCAGUUACAGCAAGUACACGCGAGCUCUGGAUGAAUAUUAUGACAAACAUUUCCCUGAGUUUGUUCCUCUUCGUACAAAAGCGAAGGAGAUACUGCAGGAGGAGGAGGACCUGGCUGAAAUUGUGCAGCUUGUGGGCAAGGCUUCCCUCGCUGAGACUGAUAAAAUUACCUUAGAAGUUGCUAAGCUCCUUAAGGAUGACUUCCUGCAGCAGAACGGUUAUACACCCUACGACAGGUUCUGCCCAUUCUACAAAACAGUUGGCAUCCUCUCAAACACUAUCGCUUUCUACGACAUGGCCCGACACGCAGUGGAGUCCACAGCUCAGAGCGACAACAAAAUCACCUGGGCCAUGAUCAGGGAACACAUGGGAGAGAUCCUAUACAAGCUCAGCUCCAUGAAGUUCAAGGACCCUGUUAAGGAUGGGGAAGCCAAGAUCAAAGCAGACUACGGCCAGCUGCUGGAGGACAUGCAGAACGCCUUCCGGACCUUGGAGGAAUGAGUUCAGCCCCUCUCCCAAAAUAUCCAAACCCCGGUGCAGUGCAACAGAGUGCAGAUGAACUGGCCCUUGUUCUUAUUGUCGGCCUCAGUCACGUGUAUAGUCUUCUGUGUUUACAUCCCCUUAAACAUUCCACGAGAUGCACAAAUUUGUGUUAUGUUUAGUUUAUUUUGGGCAACUUAACUCUGUGAAAGCACAGUACUGGAAUCCUUUAAGACCUGAAAAUAUUACAGUGACACUUUGUUUCAACCCUGAUACAUGACACUUAUUGAUAACUAUACCAUGAAGUUGUGGUUAAAAUCAGUGGGCCCCAGUCAGGUUGCCGACUUGCACUCAACUACUAGCUGCAACAAAGAGUGGAAAUGUGUGUGACAGUAAUCAAUGUAGAUGCAUUUGAUCGAUACUGAAUGGGAACAUGCACUUCAAUAAAAGGGACAGAGGCAUUGUGUUGUAUCAGGGGCUUAAAGGCAUUCUUCCACCUCUUACCUCUUCAGUUUGAUCUUGAUGUUGUGGACUAUGUACUUAAUAUUAUGUAUACAAAUGUGAAUGAAUGCCUCUGUCAGUUUGUGUUGUAACACAUGUCUCAAUAUUAUAUUGAUUGUACUGUCUGGUAAAAUAAAUGUUAAAAGAAUAA